AUGCUAGAAUCCAAUCCAGCUGACUCAGGUCCUAGGGACUUCUACCUCAAUCCCAUGGAGGAGAAGGCGGCGGCCAGCGCCGGCUGCUGGGAGCCAGCAGGGCCCCCGAGGGCCGCCGUCCCGUUCUUCGACAUCGCGGUGGAUCAGGACGACAUCCUCCCGGGUGCCCUGCGCCUCAUCCGGGAGCUGCGGCCGCACUGGAAGCCCGAGCAAGUUCGGACCAAGCGCUUCAAAGAUGGCAUCACCAACAAGCUAGUGGCCUGCUAUGUGGAGGAGGACAUGCGGGACUGUGUGCUGGUCCGGGUGUAUGGGGAGCGGACAGAGUUGCUGGUGGACCGGGAGAAUGAGGUCAGGAACUUCCAACUGCUUCGAGCACAUGGCUGCGCUCCCAAACUCUACUGCACCUUUCAGAACGGGCUGUGCUAUGAAUACAUGCAGGGUGUGGCCCUGGGACCGGAGCACAUCAGAGAACCCCAGCUCUUCAGGUUAAUUGCCUUAGAAAUGGCAAAGAUCCACACCAUCCACACCAAUGGCAGACUGCCUAAGCCUACCCUGUGGAAUAAGAUGUACCGUUAUUUCACGCUGGUGAAGGAUGAGAUCAAUCCCAGCCUUUCUGCAGACGUCCCUAAGGUGGAGGUGUUGGAACAGGAGCUGGCCUGGCUCAAGGAACACCUGUCCCAGCUGGAGUCCCCUGUGGUGUUCUGUCACAAUGAUCUGCUCUGCAAGAAUAUCAUCUACGACAGCACCAAAGGCCAUGUGCGGUUCAUAGACUAUGAAUACGCAGGGUACAACUACCAGGCUUUUGACAUCGGCAACCACUUCAAUGAGUUUGCAGGUGUGAAUGAGGUCGACUACUGCCGGUACCCAGCUCGGGAGACCCAGCUACAGUGGCUGCGCUAUUAUCUUGAGGCACAAAAAGGAACAGCUGCGACUCCCAGAGAGGUGGAGCGGCUUUAUGCACAAGUCAACAAAUUUGCCCUGGCCUCACAUUUCUUCUGGGCACUCUGGGCACUCAUACAGAACCAGUACUCCACCAUCAGUUUUGACUUCCUCAGGUAUGCAGUGAUCCGAUUCAACCAAUACUUUAAGGUGAAGCCUCAGGUGUUGGCCUUGGAGAUGCCAAAGUGA